AUGCUGUUUCUCAAAGGCUUUUGCGGCGCAAGUCUAUUCGCGCAGGCGACCGCUACCUACACCGGCAACCUCAACUAUGGGUCACCCUCUCUACACCAUCCGUUCCUCGGGAUUUCUAUCCGGAAGGUGGCAGAUCGCUCUGAAGGCAGCACGCCAUGGACGCCGGAGCAGCUCAACUUCACUCACGGCGUGGCCUCCGGCGACCCGUACGAUGACAGCGUCAUCCUCUGGACCCGUGUCGCCCCGACGAUGGACAACGACCAUAGCAACGUCACGGUUGAGGGAACAGCCCCUGUCUUCGCUCACGACAAUGAUGUGUUUGUCAAAGCGAGCAAGUCGCUGAUCUGCGUCGAUUGGAAAAUUGGAACGUCGGAGACUAUGAACGGGCACGCCGCCAGAUCGGGUACGGCUUAUACAAGUUCGGAUGUAGACUUCACGGUCAAGGUGGAAGCGAAAGGGCUGAAGGCUUUUACAACGUACUAUUACCAGUUCAACGUGUGCAACUCCGAAACCAAGUCUCCCAUCGGUAGAACCCGGACUCUUCCAGAAGCCAACUCCAGAGUCAAGCGUCCUGUCAAGCUAGCUGUCUACAGUUGUGCAAAUUACCCUUUCGGCUUCUUCAACGCCUACGGAAACCCAGAGCGAAAAGAUUCUGUGGACUAUGUCAUUCACCUAGGCGACUACAUCUAUGAGUACGGCAACGGAGAGUACCCCGUCGGCGGUCUGGGUUGGGGCGACUCAAUCGGAAGAGUCCCGGAACCCAACCGCUCUUGUCAUACACUCUACGAUUAUCGCAAGCGCCUCGCUCAGUACCGGAACGAUCCCGACCUCCGCGCCAGCCACCAGAAGUUCCCCUGGAUAACGGUCUGGGACGACCACGAAGUGAUGGACAAUCCGUACCGCGACGGGUCAGCGGCGAUGAACAACACCGAACAGUCGUUCAUCAAAGACGACGGCAUCUCCGUCGAUACGCGCAAGAUGAACGCCGUGCGGGCGUACUUCGAAUGGAUGCCCCUUCGGCAGGUCGACAUGGACGACAACCUCCGCAUCUGGCGCAACUUCCAAUUCGGCGACCUCUUCAAUCUCAUCAUGCUCGACACCAGGAACUACGACCGCUCCAUCACCGACUUAUACUGGAACACCGGGUACAUCCACGAGAUCAGCGACGACACCAGCCGCUCGCUCAUGGGUUCGCGCCAGGAGAACUGGUUCUAUCGCCAGCUCAAAGAUACACCGACCCUCUGGAGGAUCGUGGGCAACCAGAUCGUGUUCAGCAGGAUGAACCAGAGCAUCUCCAACGGGCCCAAGAACCCCUUCAACUACGACCAGUGGGACGGCUACGUCGCGAACAGGAACCGGACAUUGAAGACGCUGUAUGAUAACAAGAUCGACAAUACAGUCUUCCUGGCGGGUGAUAGUCAUGCAUCGUGGGUCAGCGAUCUCGUAUGGUUAGGUGAGAAGGAUUACGGCCCAGAGACUGGGGCAGGGUCCAUCGGCGUCGAGUUCGCCGGCACAGCGGUCUCCUCUCCCUCAUCAGCAGGUCAGAACAUCACGCAAGAGAAGGCUCUCAACAGGAGUUCGUGGAUGACGGCGGCCAAUCCGGAACUGCAGUGGCAGGAGUACUUUUACCGAGGUUACUUUGAGCUCAGUGUGGGCUACGACGCGAUGAAUGCUACGUUUUUCGGUCUACCGACGUACGCCACGAGGAACGGCUACGAGAUUGCGUUGGCAAACUUCACUGUUAAGGCUGGAGAGAAUAAGCUACAACGUCCGGUCGGGGGAGGUAGCGUCGAGUUCGGGAGCUUGAAGGGCGGAGUGACGAAGCAGACGAACAUCACCCAUGAUACCGGCACUGGAAGCUGGUAA